GUAAGGACUGUGUUUGUAAAGUUCAAAGAAAGCACGUGGUACACAAAUGAUGCACAAUUAUGCACUUAAUUACUAUAUUGUUUACUUGGCAUACGUUAAUUAACAAAACUGCAUAACCAGGUAUCCUACGAACAAAGUCGUCAUAGUUGUAGACUGACUGUGAGUAUAGGAUCAACUUUCAAUGGCAAACUUCAGAUCAGUACUGGCUUAUGCCCUUCCGACAGUAACAGCCUUGCUUGGGCUUCUGUGGUUCUUCGGAAUUAGGAAGGGUGAUGGAGACAAGAUCACUGAUAGAAAAAGGACUAAGCAAAGGGAUAAAACAGUUGACCAUACAGCUUCAGGAGAUUCCAAAUCUGAAAGUGUGAAGAAUUUAACUGAAGUGAAGACCAAUAUCCAAGAGUCGGUUGCUAAAGAAGUAAAUUCCUCGCCAUCACAGUUGUCUGAAGAGAUUGUUUCAGAGAGUUCGAAGGAGAGUUUCUGCUCUGCUGUAUCAGUACAGGAUGUAACUCUGACCUCGGAUAUCAAGUCCUCUACAACAACUCCAUGUCAAGAACAAACAGCAUUGCAAGAUGCUUCCUUGCCAAGAGCCCACAGUGAUUCUCAAACAAAUUUCGCAUUUCAAGACUCUGAGCAAAGCCUUUCGAGCCAAUCUGUUUGUACAAAGCUGCCAAAACAUACCUCCGAAGAGAACAAACAUCACCAAAUAAUAAGUGCGUCGAACAAGUCAUGUGACCUGUCAUCUGUGGAACAUAGUUCUGAGUCUUACAAUAGCAUGCUGACUUCAGAGAGCUCUUGGUUUGAUGUGGAUAGUGAGAGGUCUGAGCCCACCGUUACCACUUCAGUAAGCAUUGCUCAAGCUGAUAUAUACCUUCCUGAACCAGAAUCAGCUAACAAGAAUACAAAUGCAUGUAUCGAAACAGACCUGUUAUCUUCUACUCGUACUUCAGAAGUGCCCAUCAUAACGUCAAACCAGAAUUCCUCAAUUCCAGAUGCAACCAAUGAUAUUGCUUUAAAUAUUUCAUCCAACAAGGUUGAUGAUGAGAUCUCAGAUGUGUCAAGCAGCGGGGAGGCCCGUUUGACCAGUGUUGUGAACACUGAUAGUGAAAAUGACAGUCGGUGUGAGAAAAUAGUUUACACACUAUCUACAAUCAAAAGUAAUACCAAAGUUCAUUGCCAGCCUACGUAUUCAAACGAAGCUACAUAUAAAACCCAGUCAGUGUCGUCGGACAAACGUGAUUAUGAAGUCAGUAUUUUAAAACGUGAAGUAGGCAUCAGUCCUCUUUCAGACAGUUCCAGUGAACAAAAUGUAUUCAAUCAAAGUGCCACCAGUUCAAAGAGUGAAGUCGUUGCCAGUUCUAAGAAUGAAGUAUUUUCAAACGUGGAGAGUGAAGUAAUUGCAAACUUGGAGAGUGAAGUAACUGCAAACACAGAGGGUGAAGUAAUUGCAAACACAGAGGGUGAAGUAAUUGCAAACUUGGAGAGUGAAGUAAUUGCAAACUUGGAGAGUAAAGUAACUGCAAACACAGAGGGUGAAGUAAUUGCAAACUUGGAGAGUGAAGUAAUUGCAAACACGGAGGGUGAAGUAAUUGCAAACUUGGAGAGUAAAGUAACUGCAAACACAGAGGGUGAAGUAAUUGCAAACUUGGAGAGUGAAGUAAUUGCAAACUUGGAGAGUGGAGUAAUUGCAAACUCGGAGAGUGGAGUAGUUGCAAACUCGGAGAGUGGAGUAAUUGCAAACUCGGAGAGUGGAGUAAUGGCAAAAUCGGAGAGUGGAGUAAUUGCAAACUUGGAGAGUGAAGUAAUUGCAAACUUGGAGAGUGAAGUAAUUGCAAACUUGGAGAGUGAAGUAAUUGCAAACUUGGAGAGUGAAGUAAUUGCAAAUUCGGAGAGUGAAGUAAUUGCAAACUCAGAUAGUGAAGUAAUUGCAAACUUGGAGAGUGAAGUAAUUGCAAACUCGGAGAGUGGAGUAACUGCAACCUCAGAGAAUGGGGUUGUUUCAGAGUAUGAAGAUGAUACCACCAAUUCCAAGUGCCAAGUUGAUAAUGAGAAAUGGGACAGUGAAGUAAAACCUACAAAUGAUAACUGGGAUGUUUGUACAGACAAGACUGGGAGUACUGGAGAUUUAGAGCCAGAACUUAAAUCUCAAAGUACAGAGGUGGAAGAAAAGUCUGAAAAUGUUUCUUCAUCAGAUUUAUUGACAUUGUUGUCGUCUGCUUGUGGUGAUGGUGAUGAGCUUUCGCAGUCUACAGUCAGCAAUAAUAGUCGAUCUCAAACGCCUGUCUCUAAUGUGCAAACGGUUUCAGUAGUAACCGAUGGUGAAAUUGAAUUACAAAGCCACAAUGUCUCUGGUGGUAACACAGCCGGCAGUUCAUCAAAUAAUGUAGAUAACCCUCUGUCUUGUGAAGUUUCCACUGAAUUGUCAGCAGUUGAUGGAAAAGAAGAAAGUCGAGGACAUGAUAGCACUGGUUCGGUUCAUCACGCCUCACCUAGUCAGGAAAAUAUGGCUGAUAGUCCGGGAGUGCAGCAGACUGAUUCGCCAGGUUGCGACAAUAACAGUGAGGCUUCCAAUGACAGUGGUAGAGGAGGCAGUGUUACGGAGACGUUAAUUCCUCCACAGAACACGGAGAACCACACUGAGCGGUAUGAGUUCAACUUCCCAUCAGAACUGUGCGGCAGGCUUAUCGGGAAGUUUGGCAAAAACAUCAACUAUCUGAAGGAGUUAUCUGGAGCACACAUUUCCCUCAAGAAUAACCCAUUCACCCCUGAUUUUCAGAUCUGCUUAAUAGAAGGAAAGCAAGCGGAAGUGGACAAGGCGUUGGUGAAUAUUCGUAAGAAAUUUCCCCGACACCAAUUUCCACAGGUUGAUUUCACUCCUCUGGGACAACAACAACCAGCUGAAACGCCAGUACUCGUGCCAGAUAUUGUACAGUUAAGUCUUCCAGAAAGUGUGUCUGUAGACAUUGUAAUAUCCAAUAUUGUGGACGCCGGUCAUAUCUUUGUCCAGCAGCCAACUCAUCCGACAUUCCCCUCGCUGGAAAGACUAAACCACUUCAUGAUGGCAUGUUACAGCCAGGACCAGAUGGUACCUGGUCUGCCCAGACCAAUCGAAGUUGGUGUGAUCUGUGCGUGUGUUUCUGGGGGCGGUUGGUACAGAGCUCAGAUCAUGUCUGUGAUAGAGGAUUCUGAUGAGUGUGACGUCAAAUACGUCGACUACGGUGGAUACGCCAGGGUGCAGGCACCUUCGCUCAAACAAAUCAGGAGUGAUUUCAUGACAUUGCCAUUCCAAGCUGUUGAGUGUUACAUGGGAAAUAUCACACCACUACAAGAGGAAGAGUAUUUCAGUGAGCGAGCCAGCACCAUUCUUCAGGAGAUUACUGAAGGCAAGGUGCUGCAGGCUCAGGUCAUCAACAGGGCAGAGGAUGGUUUGCCGUACAUACACAUAUACCGAGUCGGUGGAAAUAGGGUGCUAUUCAUCAACCGAGAACUGGUGAAUCAUCGUGCUGUUCGGUGGAUAGAGAUUUUGCAGUAACAGUUUUGUGAUUUUACUGUGCCAUUCUUACCAAAUAACUGAUUUUCUUUUUGAGGGUUCUUGGAAAUCUAAAAAAAAAAAACAUUCAGGGGAUCUUGUUGCUUUUCAAUUCAGAUCAUACAUAUCUAUAGAGUGGAAAUAAAAAUGGGAAAUGGAA